GUUGACCGUGCUGAACGAAAAAUCAGUUUCAGAUGUCCGAUUUGCAGACAACCGUAUCUGGGGCGUGCUGGCGUUGUGGCCUCCCCGGACCGACCUGGCUGACUAGGGGGCCGUCGGCUCGAAGCUGUGACCGUUGUGGCCUGUGGGACACACUGGAGGCCUGUGACUGCAUCGAGGGUAGGGAAGAUACCCCGUGGCCACGUCGGAUGCUGACGAGCGAAGAGCUUGCUCUUCGAGCAUGCCCGAGAUGCUCCACCGAUUCACAGCACCUCCACUUGAAAGAACCGACCGUUGAAGCCCCGAACUGUGCUCCAUCCGACACCACCAUGGCUGACGACAACAUGGAGGUGGAGAUCCUGGAACGUCUCGAUAAGGAGCUGGGAUUUGUGGACCCCGAGGAGGUGGACACGCCCGAGGAUCCACCCAGACCGGUCCCCUUACCGUUGGGAGCAGCGAAGGCAUUCCUCCGCCCGACGCCGAAUAUCGCCGCCGGUUGCUCCGCAACACCGUCCCCAGCGCUCGGACCGGCGAGACUACCAGGGACAACACCGCCCAGGGAGAAGGUCCCAUCCAGCACCAUUGAAUCCUGGGGAAAAACCGGAGUCAGUAAAAGGUACCUGGAGACGAAAGCAAGGAUACGGAAGGGAACACAAACACAAGAGCAACAAACCGACAAAGACGAGUACCUACCCCCAAACACCAGAACCGUUGGGACUAUGGGCCCCCAGGUGUAUGUCGAACUCCGCCCGGGUUUGUGUUGGAGGUACGGCCAGGGGGAACACACCAGAGCCACCUGUAGCAGAACCCCCACCCUGUUCUGCAGCCGCUGUGGUCUGUUGGGCACCCUCUCCCGGGACUGUCCAUGUGGAGGUGCGAAGAAGAAAGAUCCAACACCGUCUCCUACCGGUCCAGGAAACAAGAAGCUCCGUACCGCUCCAGUUCCGAAGAAGGAACCGCUUCCCCGGAAGACCGCUCCAGUUCAGAAGAAGGAACCGCUUCCCCGGAAGACCGCUCCAGUUCAGAAGAAGGAACCGCUCCCCCGGAAGACCGCUCCAGUUCAGAAGAAGGAACCGCUCCCCCGGAAGACCGCUCCAGUUCAGAAGAAGGAACCGCUUCUCCGGAAGACCGCUCCAGUUCAGAAGAAGGAACCGCUUCCCCGGGAGACCGCUCCAGUUCCGAAGAAGGAACCGCUUCCCCGGAAGACCGCUCCAGUUCAGAAGAAGGAACCGCUCCCCCGGAAGACCGCUCCAGUUCAGAAGAAGGAAACGCUCCCCCGGAAGACGUCCAAGAAGACGACCCAGGCCUGUCCGAGGUGCCACUAUGUGGCCAAAACCUACGACAAGAAGUCCCGUUAA